AGGAUAAGUACAUCAGAGUCUCUAGUUUGAGAAAUAGACACCUCACAUGUCCUCAGCUGACAGCUUCAUUGAAUUCUACCCGCUCAACACCAGUUUCAUGUACAACAGUAAAGAGAAGACUCAGGGGUGCAGGCCUUAUGGGAAGAAUUGCAAAGAAAAAGCCACUUUUGAAACAGAAAAACAAAAAGAAAAGGUUAGAGUGGGCAAAGAAACACAGACAUUGGACAACAGAUAAUUGGAAAAGAGUGUUCUGGAUCUUAACCCCAUUGAGCUUUUGUGGGAUCAGCUAGACUGUAAGGUGUGUGAGAAGUGCCCGACAAGACAGUCACAUCUAUGACAAGUGUUACAGGAAGUGUGGGGUGAAAUGUCACCUGAGUAUCUGGACAAACUGACAGCUAGAAUGCCAAGGAUCUGCAAAGCUGUAAUUGCUGCACGUGGAGGAUUUUUUGAUGAGAACUCUUUGAAGUAGUUUAAGAAUUUCUGAAUAUAUAUACAGUAUAUAUUUUUUUUUUUCAAAUUGUAAUAGUAAUUUUUCAGUUUAUCAGUUGAAUGCCACUUUGGUGAAUAAAAGUACCCGUUUCUUUCCAUAAGAGCAAAAUCUGUACAUUAUUCCAAACUUUUGGCCGCCAGUGUAUUUGUGUCUUUAUUCAUCAGCUCUGGUCAUGGUAGCGGGUCAUGGCACUCGUUUUUUGACCCAGCUUGCGGAGUUGCCAGAAUUGCAUCAAAUGAUGAGACAGACAUGUAGAGACUAUGCUCAAAAGGAACUUGCGCCAAUCGCUGCCCAGCUGGAUAAAGAUCACAAAUUCCCAGCCAAGCAGGUACAAGAGCUCGGCGCGAUGGGGGUCAUGGCUGUAGAGGUACCAGAGAAUCUGGGUGGAGCUGGGAUGGAUUAUCUUGCAUACAGUCUCGCCGUGGAAGAGCUUAGCAGAGGAUGUGCCUCCACUGGAGUCAUCGUCAGUGUGAAUAAUUCACUGUAUCUAGGUCCGAUUAUGAAGUUUGGCACAGAGGAACAGAAAAAGCAAUGGAUUACACCCUUCACCACGGGGGAAAAAGUGGGAUGUUUUGCUCUGAGUGAGCCAGGAAACGGCAGCGAUGCAGGUGCCGCAUCAACAUUGGCGCGUCAGGAGGGAGACGAGUGGGUUCUGAACGGAACCAAGGCCUGGAUCACCAACUGCUGGGAUGCUUCAGCCACGGUUGUUUUUGCUACAACAGACAAGAGCCUAAAGCACAAGGGAAUUAGUGCUUUCCUGGUGCCGAUGCCUCAUCCGGGGUUGUCUUUAGGGAAGAAAGAGGACAAACUGGGAAUUCGGGCUUCAUCCACUGCCAAUAUCAUUCUGGAAGACUGUCGUAUCCCACUCGGCAACAUGCUGGGAGAAAGGGGAAUGGGCUUCAAGAUCGCAAUGCAAACUCUGGACAGUGGGCGGAUCGGUAUAGCAGCACAGGCUCUUGGGAUUGCACAGGCGGCGCUGGACUGUGCUGCUGAUUACGCUCAUAAGAGAACAGCUUUCGGUGCUCCGAUUGGGAAACUGCAGGCAAUACAGUUCAAAUUAGCAGACAUGGCUGUAGCUAUAGAGAGCGCUCGGCUUCUCACCUGGAAAGCUGCAAUUCUGCGGGAUGCAAAGAAACCUUUUAUGAAGGAAGCUGCAAUGGCAAAACUUGCUGCAUCUGAGGCUGCUACUUUUGUCUCUCAUCAGGCCAUCCAGGUGCUGGGCGGAAUGGGUUAUGUAACAGACAUGCCUGCUGAGAGACACUACCGUGAUGCCCGCAUCACAGAAAUCUAUGAAGGCACCAGCGAGAUCCAGAGAUUAGUCAUUGCAAACAACAUUCUCAAAGAAUAUCAACAGUAGGAGCUGACGUUCAUGUAAACACUGCUCUUACGUCUUUGUGCCUGGAAUCUCUGUUCUGAUCAUCUACAGACUACCGGACUAUGAAGAUAUAGCCUUGGAAAUUUGUUGAUCCUUUUCAAUAGGAGACUGGCUGAUUGCAAUUUGUUAUUUAUACCACUCGAGUGCAGUAGAGUGCCUGAAACGUUGCCUUGGAUUGCAUUAGGGUGCCACUGAAAUAAAUAACUCAGGAUUUUGAGGAAAACUAACAAACUUAAAUCUUGCUGAUUUCACUGGGUAUGUAAAUGCAUAUCUGAUUGUACAUAAUGUGUAUUUGUUGUGCAUUUUAAAAUAAAUGAUAAUUUAACAUUUUAAUAAAAACAGUGUUUUGUUUUUGGUUAUUAAAGGAGUAUUCCGGGUUGGAUUCAAGUUAAGCUCAAUCAACAGCAUUUGUGGCAUAAUAUUGAUUACCAUAAAAAUUAAUUUUGACUUGAACUUCCUUUUCUUUCAAAAAAAGCAAAAAUCGAGGUUACAUUGAGGCACUUACAAUGGAAGUGAAUGGGGCCAAUCCAGAAACAUUAAAAUACUCACUGUUUCAAAAGUAUAGCCACAAGACAUAAACAAUAUUGUAGUAAACAUGAUUUCAGUGUGAUAAAAUAAUUUACUAACCUUGUCUGUGUAAAGUUCAAGACAAUUUUACUACUUUGUUGCCAUGUAAAAAAUGUAUAUUUUCACGAUGUACAAAGAAG